AAAAAAAAAAAGGAAAAUAUAAAAUCAGAAAAUACUGAGUAGAAAUCAAUCAGCCCCUCUGUUGUAAUUUCCCUUCUUCAAUCCGUCUUCCCCACCGAGUCGAGACACAGACCAUCACAUCACCCCUCUGCAACAAAAAUUAGGGUUUCUAAAUCUCUCCAUCACAACCCAACCCCCAACAAUUUCACACGCAUUACUGUCUCUCUCUCUAAGUCGCCUCAUCUCGAGAAUCACAGGCCCUACCGGCCGUUGAUCCGAACCACUCCCUGUGAUGAUCACAUCCGAAACACUACACAUCCAUUGAUAUUGACGCACAGGGGAGGAUACUCGUAACUCCGCAUCGAUUGUAUACAGUUAUCGAUCAUGGAUUUAGAAGGCAACAAGCGCGUGUUCCAGCGGCUAGGGCCUUCCUCGACCGACACCAGAAACCAGAAGGUCUGCUUCAACUGGCGAGCGGGCAAGUGCGACCGCUUCCCCUGCCCGUACCUGCACAGGGAGCUACCCCCGCCCCAACAACAAUCUGCCCGCAACGGCACGUCGAAACGGCCCCACGGCUUCGCCGCCGACGAACAGCAGAUGCCCCGUAGAAACCCUAAUUUUAGCAACACCAGUUCUUCGAGCUGGGGACGGGGCUACGGCGGAGGAGGAGGAGGAGGAGGAGGAGGCGGGGGGAGGGGAAUCGUCCUGAAGAAGACUGAGAAAAUUUGUAAUUACUGGGUACAGGGGAAUUGUAGUUACGGGGAUAGGUGUAGGUACUUGCAUUCGUGGACGACCGGCGACUGCUUUUCGAUGUUGACCCAGCUUGAGGGACACCAGGAGCUUGUUAGUGGAAUUGCUAUGCCAUCUGGAUCAGAUAAGCUUUAUACUGGGAGUAAGGACAAGAAUGUGAUGGUUUGGGACUGCCAAUCUGGACAGUGUGCAGGGGUGAUUAAUUUGGGUGGUGAAGUCGGUUGCAUGCUUAGUGAGGGUCCAUGGGUAUUUGUCGGUGUACCAAAUGUUGUCAAGGCAUGGAACACCCAAACCAGUAUGGACCUGAGUCUUAAUGGACCGGUUGGACAAGUCUAUGCCUUGGUUGUGGGAAAUGAUUUACUCUUUGCAGGGACACAGGAUGGCACUAUAUUGGCAUGGAGAUUUAAUGCUGUUGAAAAUCGCUUUGAUCCAGCCGCAACACUUAAGGGUCACACUCUUGCUGUUGUCACAUUAGUUGUUGGAGCUAAUAGGCUGUACUCUGGUUCCAUGGAUCAAUCUAUAAAAGUAUGGAGCCUUGAAACUUUGCAGUGUGUACAAACGCUGUCGGAGCAUAGUUCAGUCGUGAUGUCUGUUCUUUGUUGGGAUCAGUUUCUUUUAUCAUGUUCCUUGGACAAAACCAUUAAGGUUUGGGUUGCAACUGAAAGUGGGAACCUGGAAGUAACAUAUACACACACCGAAGAACAUGGACUGCUUACGCUUUGCGGGAUGCAUGAUUCAGAAGCCAAGCCAGUCUUACUCUGCUCUUGCAAUGACAACUCUGUGCGAGCCUAUGACUUGCCAUCAUUUUCCGAGAGGGGCAAAAUAUUUGCAAAGCAAGAGGUUCGGUCCAUACAGGUUGGUCCAGGUGGCCUGUUUUUUACUGGUGAUGGAACUGGUAAAGUGAGAGUAUGGAAAUGGUUAGCUGAACCAACCGCCAGUACAGCUACUGCUCGUUGAAUAAUGUCACUGUCCAUCUUCACCGUAAUGUAGUUUUUUCUUUUUAUUUUCAUUUUUUUAACCAGUUCCUUGUAUUUAUGAGCUUGCGAUGGGGAAUGAGAAGACAAUAAUUUCAGUUUUGAGUAUUUAAGGUUAGUUGUUUAGUUGAUUUGGAAGUUUGGAACCAUAGUUUCCAGCCAUGAUGUACUUGUAAUUGAACUUAUUAUAAUUGAGAAGCACUUUGGCAAUAAAAGCUUUUUCUCAGGA